UUUUGAUGCUGGCAAUAUUGAGUAACGACGAUCUUGCAAAUGCGUGCGACAUGACGCGCCGGUGAAUUUUUCUAAAAUUGACGUAAUUUGUCUGAGUAUAUCUUCAAAAUAAGAUUUCACAAUGGCCGAUCAAGUUGAUUCAAUGUCAGAUGCAGAAUUGCGAACCAAACUUGCCGAGCAUGGGUUCCCUAUUAUGCCGAUUACUGCAUCCACGAGGAAGCUUUUAGUGAAAAAGUUAAAAUUGGUGCUCGAUAACAAGAGUAAGCCGAGGAAUAGUGUUGAUAGCAAGGUGGAGAAUAGACGCUCGCUUGCGCGGUAUUCUAGCGGCGAGGAGUCUGACUUGGAUACGACGAACAAUGCAAAGGAGAAGCGGGGCCGAAGAGCGACAACUGGAGGUGCUAUGUUGCCGCCUGUUAGUAAUACUGCUAGUAAAUCUCGACGCACGCCCACUAAAAAGAUUUCGCCUGCAAAACGUGACUCCGAUAAGGGGUCUGAAUCUGAGGAAGAAAAGGCGCCAGUACGCACUCACGAGGAAGUGGAAACUGUCACAACCAGGCGGGUAACGAAAACCUACGCUACCAAUGACCAGGAGGACUAUGAAACUGGCUCUGAUAGUGAUGUUGACACAGAUAAGAAGAACUCAUUUAGUCGCAGUCACUCUAGAUCUAGUGACUAUAUAUCCAGUACUCUCCCCACUAUUGACGCGUCUACUAGUCCCCCAAAAUCGUCAAUAUUUUCUCGUCCGUCCAUAUCAACAUCAGGUUAUACCCCAACUAUGACUUCUUCGGAUCAGUUAAAUUCUAUUAGAUCUCGACUUGGACUGACUACAUCUUUAGGUGACAGACCAUCAGUAGGCAACUACAGCUCAAACUUUACUACUAGUACGUACCAGCCAUCAACUUCUACAAUAGAUGAAGUGGAAUCUCCAUAUUUAAGUAAUUUUACCAGGCGUUUGUCUGCCUUGAAGGCAGACCCUCCUAAAACUUCUUUCCUUGACCGAGACACAAAUAAUGGCAGUACUCUUUUACCUCGUCGGUCUUAUAUCACUGGAGUUGCUAGAUCUGAUGUUGUGGACUACAAAACAGCUAAUGAUAAGAAGUUUCUUAAAAAUAAUCUUGUAUCUUUGGCCCUGGUUGGGUUGGUGGCACUUUUUUUUUUUUGUUUAUUUUUUAUGUAUAUAGUUAAGAUGAACAAUAUAACAUCGGUGGUGGAUGAUCAGAACAGUGUCAUACCUAUCUGCCAGCUCAAUAUUCCAGGAAACCGGCCAGGAAUCAACUGUGUACCUCGAGAACAGGUUAGCUAUGCCAAGGACCUAUUGAAGGUAAUACAUCCUGAAUUGACAACCCGAGCCGCAGCAUUCAAGUGUGGCAAGCCUGGUGCUCUGCCCUAUUUGACUGAACGAGAAAUUUUGGACAUUGCUAGUUCUAAAGCUGAUACAGUGGAUAUCAGUCAAUGUCGCACAGACCUCAAUAAUCUUCAAGUAUUGUUGCUACACAACCCACGUUGGGGUCUCAGUGUGGUCAAGCUAAAAAGCCUUUACACAAAAGAUGCCGAAUAUUUCCCUAUCUCUACAACUGACAUUAUUGUGGAGCAACGCAACAAGGGCAGUGUUGCUAUAACACUCUCUGACCCAUCUACACCGUUCACCUGUUUGAUUGUCAACACCCUGUACUCUGCAGGAUCUACCUUGAUCCUAAUGGCAACAAUUGCUGUGAUCAUGUUUGCUUUACAUAGAGCCUACAAAUAUUAUGUGUCCUAUCAGAAGAGGAAGAGUGAAGACAUCUAUUCAAUGGUCGAGCAAAUUAUCGAUGUGAUUUCUCAAGAGACAGAGGACAGUGGUGAACCCUAUAUUUCUGUGGACCAUGUAAGAGACACCUUGAUAAGCCCACAGAACAGAGAGAAAAUGGCUUCAGUGUGGGAUGCUGCAGUGAAAUUCAUUCAGAAGAACGAAAGCAGGGUUCGACUAGAGAUUCAAUCUGUGGACGGUGAGGAUUGCAGGGUGUGGAGAUGGAUUUCGCCGCGAAGCAGCCCGAAACGAAGCGACGCGUGGCAAGGACAAGCUUUCGAGACCCAAGAAGGAUCUGUUAACAACUUGACUGUUUCUCCCACUCCUUGUCUGAAAAUUCGUUACAUGUUUGACAAAAAUGAUACCAACCCCAACUUGAGGAACGUUAUUCAGGAUGCUAUUUUGGAGAAAUGCGGCGAACGAUGCAAUAUCUUACAUAUUGAUAUUGAGAGGUCCUCGUGCUGUGUAUAUGUGAAGUGUAUGAGUCCCACUGACGCUGGUAUUGUCUACCGCAGCUUGCACGGCUGGUGGUAUGAAGGUAGACUCAUCACAGUCAAGUACUUACGCUUGGAGCGCUACAUGCAAAGGUUCCCUAAUUCUCCAUCUGUUGGUCCCUUCCUCAAACCUUCAAAAGGCCGACGCAAUUGGGACGACAACUUUGGCGCUGCAUUUUGAGCAGCAUUGUGUUUUAAUUGUACCGACUGUAGAUGUAGUAGUUGCUUGCAUAUUAUUUAUUGCAAAUUAAUAAAAAUGCACGUAAUAAUUCUGUUUUGAAUUAGAAUAUUUCAGAACAAGCGUAUUUUUAAGUAUAUUCUGUGUUCAAAUUGAAUUAAUAUAAAUGAGUCAUUGCCUUUCAAGUCAUUUUCUGUGGCAUUUUCAUUAUUUUUAGCAUAAUCUUUUCUUGUAAAAUAGAUGUUAUGUUCAUCUUUUAAGAACAAAAUUAAUACAGGUACAUAAUUUGGACAGUAAUGGAUAAACCAUUGUUCAGUUGUUAUUUUUGAUAUUUGAGAGCAUUAUCAGCUCGUAGACUUGCCUUUGAUGUGACUAUUUGUAGAUCUACGUAUGUUAAGUUUCAGUAUUUGUAUUCUUACCAAAGCAUGUUUUGGUAAAGAAUAUGCAGGUACAAAACAAUCCAGAUUAGUACACAGAAUUGUAUGGUUGGUUAGUGCUGUACUUUUCUACACUGCUUUAGCGGAAUGCAAUAAAGGCUUAGCCUGAAUUUUCUUAUAUGGAUUCUCGUCAAUUAGUCUUCAGAGGAUGCUUUGCUAAAAUUUGAUACUUUGCUAAAAUUUGUUGUCAUGAUCUGAUUUCUCCGAGGUGCUGUUGAGAAUGGAAUGCCUUUUUGUAUCCUUGCGCUUAUGAGGAAUAAAAUUCUGCUCAUUUUGACCUGUAUAUAUCUGACAUCACAAUAUUCAAUUUAAUUAUUUCUUUAAUUUCUUAAGUUUAGAUGUAAAACUUUUGUUACUGGAUUUACUAAUGUUUUUGUAACGAAUUGUUAAAAAGUAGUGCUAAGUUAGUGUAAGUUUCAUAGGAUAUUUCCGAUUCAUACAAUAUAUUCUCUUAUUUUAAAGUGUUUGAUGGCACAAUGUAAUGAUACAAAAUGUGUGUUUUAUUUUCGUAAGGUUGACAUUUAUUUGUAUUUCUACUAACUCCUGUUCUUAAUUAUUAGCAACAUUUCUAUGGGUUGAUUUUAAUUUUUUUAAUAAAUUGAUUUAAGUAAA